AUGCUUCAGAGGAAUGUACCAGCGUUCUUGAAUAAGCUAUACAAUAUGGUUAACGAUCCAGGCUCGGAUGAACUUAUUCGAUGGUCUGACGAUGGACAGUCAUUUAUUGUCAUUCGCCACGAAGACUUUGCAAAACGAGUCUUGCCUCGUUUCUUUAAGCACAGCAACUUUUCUUCGUUCGUUAGACAGUUGAACAUGUACGGAUUCCACAAGGUUCCUCAUCUGCAGCAAGGUGUACUCCAGGCCGAUUCAGAAUCAGAACGAUGGGAAUUCAGCAAUCCUCACUUCCAACGCAACCAACCCGACCUACUGCUUCUCGUUACACGCAAGAAAGGUCGUGAUCCAGAGGAUAAAGAAACAUCCACGAUUGAU